ACGGCCCCCUCCUCCUUUCUUCCUCUACGGAUGCUGCAGUAAAGUUGGCCGCGCGUGCGCAUUUUCGGUCCUCUUUUUUUCUUGGAAGCGCCCCUGACCCAACGCACCAUGGCAGAUCCUGAUCUUGACUUCCAGACUGGUGAGUCUGGCGCCUCCGCCACCUACCCUAUGCAGUGCUCUGCUCUGCGCAAGAACGGCUAUGUUGUGCUGAAGGGACGUCCCUGCAAAAUUGUGGAGAUGUCUACCUCCAAGACCGGCAAGCACGGCCAUGCAAAGGUUAACCUGGUUGGUAUUGACAUCUUCACCAACAAGAAGUAUGAAGAUAUGUGCCCCUCCACCCACAACAUGGAUGUUCCCGCCAUCAAAAGGACAGAUUAUCAGCUGGUUAACAUCAAUGAAAACUACAUGUCCCUGAUGAGCGACAACGGCGACAUCAGAGAGGACCUGCGUGUUCCUGAAAAUGAAGUCGGGAGGGAAAUUGAGGCAAAGUUUGAAGGGGGUGAAGAAUUCAUGGUCACCGUGAUUUCUGCCAUGGGGGAGGAAUGUGCUGUCGCUACCAAGGUCUUGGCCAGCAAAUAGGGAGAUGGACUUUGCUGCCCAGGCAACAAGCACCCCCCACAACCAGUCUCUUGCAUUCUCAUUGGUUCUGUCACCAAAGCGUCGGCCUUCACAGACAACCUCAAUCAUUCUGUUGUAAUUUCGCUCAUCAAUGAUCUUUUAUUUUUCUCUCCCCCUUCUCGUUUCUCUUUUCCAUUACUGUUGGGAAUGUUCCACUGCAGCUCGCUGUGUGGUCCUCUGCCUGAUCACUGAGGUUUUGUUAACAAUCUACUUUAUAUAAAACAACUUAAAAAAAUAAUGAUCAGUUGCUCAUUCCUGCUUAUUUUUGCCUUCAAAGUGUUGGUUUUGCCACUCACAUUCCUGAAUGUUUAAAUAACAACGGGAUUCAGCUUUUGUAUGAUUAUUUUUUUAUAUUCUUUGACUAUAGCAGGUCUAAAGCCUUUUAGAGGGAAGGGAAGGGGGUGCAGUUUAAGUUGUAAAUGCAGUGGGAGGGAGGGUUUCCCCAGUAGAAACUGAAUUCGUGUUUAGGUUGUCCUACUAGCAGCCAUACCCCGUUCAGCAUGGCCUUUGCUCCUGGAUCCUACGUGGACUGGGUGCAACAAGGUCAGUUUUUCCCUCAUCACUUGGAUUGGUGGCGGCUAGCACUUAAGAGCACUUGAGGUCCACCCCAGCAUGUCAGAGCUCUAAACCCAAGAAAAGAGAAGGGUGUUUUUUUUUUUUUUUUUUUUUCCCCCUUUCUUCUCUUCCUUUUUGUUUUCCUCCCAACAAGAAACUUAAGUGAUUUGCCCUUGUGAUGCCAGUCUCUUGUCUGUGUAGAAGUUUGAGAGGCGUGACAGUCCUGUGCGCUCACACCUCUGGCCCGCCGGGGCAGUUGAGGGCCCGUUCUGCUGCCCUGGCUAUCCCCCAAUUACAGAGUGUUCUAUUUUGUUUUAAGAGGCGUGAGUGUGUAGCGGUGUGGGCCUCCGAAAUGUGGGAGGCAGUUUGCAGUGAGGUGUGUUUCUUUUGAGGGACUCAAUCAGGAUAGGGAGGGUGGUUGAGUUGCAAACUUUUUGUUCACUCGAGGCCUUUGUCACCUGACUGGAGAUGGCAAAAUAAAAACAGUGAUACAAAUGGACAAAAACUGCAA